AUGCGUGUAGAUGAGUCCCCCUCCCCCUGCUCCACGCAUGAGGGGCCUGGCACAGUCGAGAGAGGUGCGGCUCACGUAUUUUUUUUUUCCUGCCUUCCUUCUUGUGCCAUUCUCUCUCCCUCGCUCACAUUCUUUCGCCUUCUCUUCUCCUUCCUCGUCACGCAUUCCGCUGCCGUUGCUGCUGAGGCGUGUAUGCGCAACGACAGUGGGAACGAAGCGCAAACUUACGCUAAAGACGAAACAGCGACGAAUGCUCCCCCGUGUACGAAGCGAUACUCUUCUCCCGCGUUCUCCCCUGUCUUUGCUCACCACUUCCCUCUCCAGAUGUCGCCGGCUUGUGCCUCUCCUGCUCUGGUAGCAACGCUCUGCGCCGAGCUAGACGCGCUCGAAACGACAUUAUUGCGGAGCCUCUCCAUCGGUGAUGCACGUCGUGUGCUGGCCCUGCUCCACGAUGUGGACGUGCAGCUCUGCUGUAGCGUCGGUGUCGCAGCCCCCAUUGCAGAGAGCAGUAAUGGCACAGACUCCUGCAGUGCCAAGGGGGACAUCAUACGCUCUGCUGGUUCUAGCGCUGGAGGAACCCUACUGCGGCUGCGCUCGAUCUUUGUAGCUCAGCUGACCAUCCCCCAGCAAGAUGCGCUGAUGCGUGUGCUGUACGUGUGCAUGGCCUCCUGCGCCUCGGGCGUCACGGCACCCACAUUCAAAGGCCUUUGUGGGGCUCCGACCGCUGCCCAAGAGGCUCACGCGCCUCUCUCGCCAGCGGCUGUUCACCACCUGUACGAAUGGCACGCGGCCCUGCACGACGCGGCUGGCGACGGCGCUGUGGUGCGUGCUUUGAUGAGUAGAUGA